AUGCCGAAGACGCCUUCCUCAAGACAAAUGCAUUAUGUGACUCUUUUCGGCCAGGAUGUGCUGUCGUUCGAUGGGAACGUACUCCUGUGUAAGGUGUGCGAGAAGGUGGUCUCUUCGGACAAGAAGUCUUUGGUUAAGCAGCACAUCGAAGGAGCUAAACACAAGGCGCUUUGCGAGAAGAAGAAAGAGUCUGGGUCUACGAACGUCGUCCAAAUGAAGUCGUUCCUCGGAGCCACCGGGAAACAGAGUCAAUUUCACGUCGAUCUCUGCGAUGCACUUUUAUCUGCUGACAUACCGCUGCGGAAACUGGACAAUGAAAAGCUCAGUGCUUUCGUGGGAAAAUACUGCAAGCAACACGUCCCUUCAUCAAUCACGUUACGCUUGCACUAUAUCAAGAGCAUAUACGAGGGGAAAAUGGAAUACAUAAGGAGUUUCGUUGGAAGCAAAUCUAUAUGGAUCUCCAUCGAUGAGACAACAGACCCUCUCGGAAGAUUCGUUGCGCAUAGUAUCAUCGGAACUUUGGAAACUUCCGGGUCCAGGAGUUUCCUACUCCACGCAGACAAUCUGGAGAAAACCAAUAACUCGACCAUCGCCCAAAGCUUCAUGAAUGCUCUCAAUGUACUUUGGCCAAACGGAGUCCAUCACGAAAGGGUUCUCCUAUUCGUGACGGAUGCUGCGCCGUAUAUGAGGAAGGCUGCGAAUGCCCUACAGGUGCUUUUUCCCCGCAUGAAGCAUGUAACUUGUGCGGCGCAUGCACUGCAUCGAGUAGCGGAGGAAGCCAGAUUGCUGUUCCCCGAAGUUGACAAGCUGGUGUCAAACGGGAAAAAGAUAUUCUUGAAAUCUGCGGCGCGGGUCACCAUGUUCCGAGAGCUUGCGCCGGGUACGCCCCUUCCACCCCAGCCGGUCAUGACCCGGUGGGGGACGUGGGUCGCUGCCGCACUCUACUACGCUGAGCACCUGGAUACGUUCGCGAACGUGGUUGAUUCUUUCGAUCGUAAGCAGGCCGCAAGCAUCCUAAUUGUUCAGGAUUUGUUGCGGUCGCCGAACCUGAGAGAAAACCUUUCUUACAUCCAUGCGCACUUGGACUUUUUGCCAAGCAGCAUCACGAAUCUCGAAGCGAGCUCCUGCCCGCUCGUUGAUAGCAUCGCUCAUUUCUACAAAACCAUCGAUGAGCUCAAGGGGAUGCCGGGCUCGAUUGGAGAGCGAAUUCGCAACAAAUGUGAGUUCGUGCUUUCGCGUAAUACGGGAAUGGCCGAGUUGAAGGUCAUCGCCGACGUUCUGAGUGGGGUCUCUGCUGACGGUAACGUAGUUCUCAGCCCAUCAGACGUGGCUUGUUUCAAGUACGCACCGAUUACGUCUGUAGACGUAAAACGAAGCUUCUCUCUCCUCAAAAAUCUCCUCACAGAUCGUCGACAGAGCCUGACUUUCGAGAGUUUGAAGAUGCACUUGAUUAUUUUGUGCAAUCAAUAA